AUGAUGAACUACUCAAAUCAAUAUCUUCCCAGAACCUAUUUUCUCAAAGUUCCCACCUUUCACCCUUUCUUCAAAUUCAACCCAUUCCCAUACACUAACUAUGCUUCAAACAGAACUCACGCUCUUUCAUUCACCAUCAACUGCAACCUCAAAAAGGUGGGGAAGAAGGACUUAUUGUCCCAGAAGAUUGUCUUAUCAGAAGCUCCUCCUCCACCACUCACACAGGAUAAUGAUGUUCCUUCAACCUCAAAGGAAAAGAAAGGUUCCAACGGUUUGGUGAAGAAGUUGAGCAAAAGGGUCUUGCAGAUUCUCUCUAAUUUGCCUUUGGCUAUUGGGGAAAUGUUCACCAUUGCCUUUUUAAUGGGAUUAGGCACUUUUAUUGAUCAAGGUGAGACUCCUGAGUUUUAUUUCCAGAACUACCCUGAAGAUCAUCCUGUGUUAGGAUUUUUUACUUGGAGAUGGAUUUUCUUCCUUGGUUUUGAUCACAUGUAUUCCGCCCCUAUAUUUCUUGGCAUGUUGGUUCUUCUUGCUGCAUCCCUUAUGGCCUGCACAUACACGACACAGCUCCCACUCAUCAAGGUUUCUAAAAGAUGGUCGUUUAUGCACUCUGCCGAGGUUAUACGCAAGCAAGAGUUUUCAGAAUCGUUGCCUAGGGCAUCAAUCCAAGAUGUUGGUACUAUACUAAUGGGAGCUGGAUAUGAGGUAUUCUUGAAAGGACCAACGUUGUAUGCUUUUCGUGGACUUGCCGGUCGGCUAGCCCCAGUUGGAGUUCAUAUAGCACUUCUAUUGAUAAUGGCUGGAGGAACUUUAAGUGCUUUAGGGAGCUUUAAAGGUUCAGUUAAUGUGCCUCAGGGGCUGAAUUUUGUUGUAGGAGAUGUUCUAGGUCCUAUUGGCUUUCUUUCCACUCCGACUGAUGCUUUUAAUACAGAGGUUCAUGUCAACAGAUUCUCUAUGGAUUAUUAUGAAAGUGGAGAGGUUUCACAGUUCCGCACCGAUCUUUCCCUCUUGAACAUGGAUGGGAAAGAAGUAAUGAGGAAAACAAUUAGUGUAAAUGAUCCGUUAAGAUACGAGGGUAUCACCAUAUACCAAACAGAUUGGAGUAUUUCAACUCUACAAGUUCUCAAGGACAAUGAAGGACCUUUUAAUUUGGCUAUGGCACCUCUUAAGAUCAACGGAGAUAAGAAACUUUAUGGUACUUUUCUACCUUUUGGAGAUGUUAACUCUCCUAAUGUUAAGGGAAUCUCUAUGCUUGCUCGUGACCUGCAAUCAAUUGUCCUUUAUGAUACGGAAGGGAAAUUUGCCGGAGUUAGACGACCUAAUUCAAAUCUCCCAAUCAACAUUGAUGGCUCAGAAAUUGUCAUUGUUGAUGCAAUAGGAAGUAGUGGCUUGGACUUGAAGACUGACCCUGGUGUGCCAGUUGUGUAUGCUGGCUUUGGUGCUCUAAUGCUCACCACUUGCAUCAGCUACUUAUCUCACUCACAGAUAUGGGCGUUACAAGAUGGGACAACAGUUGUUAUCGGAGGGAAGACAAACAGAGCAAAGUUAGAGUUUCCGGACGAGAUGAACCUCUUGCUUGACAAAAUCCCUGAAAUAGUUGAAUCAUCAUCUCUAUCUAAGCAAGCUGAUAGCAUUGGUGGCACUGGUUAG